GGAUCCCAUUUCGACACCGACAUGAGGACUCGCUAGACUAGCGACUCAAUGCGUUAUGCGCGGUGGACAGCCAUCGUCCCCAGGUCCCUGACCCGCGCGAUUUACAGACUCGAUCCAUUCUCAAAAACCAUGGCGACGGGGCGCACGUACAAUGAUGCCAUCGACGCCCUCAACUCCCUCCAGACGCCCUACGCCGUGAUCGAGGCCCGCCGCAAGGCCGGCAUCCGGCCCGAUGCCGCCUCGGUCCGUGAGAUGCGCGCCUAUCUGGCCCGCAUCGGCUACGCCCCGCGCGACCUUGACCGCCUCAACAUCGUACACGUCGCCGGCACCAAGGGCAAGGGCAGCACCUGCGCCUUUGUCGACUCGAUCCUCGCCCGCUACCAGCAAAAGGGCGGCCCACCGCACCGCGUCGGGCUGUUCACCUCGCCGCAUCUGAUCGCCGUGCGCGAGCGCAUCCGCAUCAAUUCGGUACCCAUCUCGGAGGAGCUGUUUGCGAAGUACUUUUUCGAGGUGUGGGACCGGCUGGAGGAGAACAAGGACGUCGCUGCGGACGCGGCGGUGUCGGGGAGCAAGCCCAUCUACGCGCGGUAUCUGACGCUCAUGAGCUACCAUGUGUUUCUGUCCGAGGGCGUCGAUGCGGCCGUGUACGAGACGGGUAUUGGCGGCGAAUUCGACGCGACGAACGUUGUGGAAAGGCCGGUCGCGAGCGGCAUCAGCACGCUCGGUAUUGACCACGUCUUUGUACUGGGCGACACAGUCGAUAAAAUCGCAUGGCACAAGGCGGGCAUCAUGAAGCCUGGUAGCCCGGCCUUUACCAUCGAGCAGGUACCGGAGGCUGCCGAGGUGCUCAAGAAGCGGGCGGUAGAGAAGGGGGUUGACCUGAGGUUUCUGGACAUUGACCCCCGACUUGUGGACGUGAAAAUUCGCCCAGGUGCAACUUUCCAGAAGAAGAAUGCGACGCUGGCGGUUGCCCUGGCGGGAACGGCUUUGAAGAGGUUGGAUCCUUCCUUCUCACCAAGACCCGACGCGCUGCCGCAGGAGUUUGUCGACGGCUUAGAGCAAGUCGUCUGGCGCGGCAGGUGCGAGGUCAAGGACGAAGACAGCGUCGUCUGGCACGUGGACGGGGCACACACAGUCGACAGUCUGAAGAUGGCGGCCCGCUGGUUUGUCGGCGAGUGUGCCAACCGGAGCGAAGCAGGACCCAAAGUGCUCAUCUUCAACCAGCAGGGCCGCACCGAGGCGGUCGACUUCCUUGACGGGCUCUGCAACACGGUGAAGAACGCCGACCCAGCCGGGAAGGGGUUCGAGCAUGUCAUUUUCUGCACUAACGUCACGUAUGCCGCAACGGGGUACAAGAGAGGUAUGUGUCAGCUGUCCGACGUUGCGCGCGCAGAUGCUAAUAGUGCAGACUUUGUGAACCGUCAGCACAACCCCGCGGAUAUCGCAAACAUGACGCAGCAGCGCGUGUUCGCCGAGAGGUGGAAGACCCUCGAUCCCUCGGCCAACAUCAUGCUCAUCCCCAGCAUCGAGGAGGCGCUUAACACGGCCCGCAGCCUCGCAGAGAAGGAGGGCGAAAAGAAAGCACAGGCUCUCAUCACGGGUAGCUUGCACCUGGUAGGAGGCGCCCUGGGCAUCCUAGAAGGCGCCGAUGCACUCUAGAUUGGUGGUAAAAGUUGGACAGACGGGCUCGUCUUCAUCGACUAGCCCGUGGUUUACCUCGUAUUCAACUGUACAGGUCAGCUUCACAGCAUGGAAUGGAGUUCAGGUCAUCUAGAUUGGAGACAAGUUUUCAACUUGCUCGAUGGUCUUGAGCACGGCGCCCACCAGGUGGAAGCUCCCUGUGACAAGCACCUUGCAUGUCUUGCCGUUUUUCCUCGCCUGGGUCGCGAUGUGUCUGACGUGCUCGACUGCGGGUUGAACCGCGUCAUACACGACUGUUUUCGUUGCUGGUUCGACUUUCCGC